AUGGGCUGCUCGCUGCUUGGAGCGCGCCUGAGACAGGUCAAUUUGCGCAGUGGAUGCUCACAAGCUGUGCGGGGUGUGCGGAAAUGUCCGCUUCGACAGGAAAGCUCUCCGACCCGACACCGGCCUCUCUGACAAAUGUGCCGCCUGCUCUUGCCGCAGUUGCAGAAGGAACAGCCGCCUCGACCCCUGAUGCAUCAAACACCUUCGAUGCCGUCGCUUACGAGCAGGCAAACGUACACACGGUAUACAACGCAAUAGCUCCGCACUUCUCAGCGACGCGGUACAAGCCAUGGCCGCUUGUGCCAGCGUUCCUUGAUACAUUCGAGCCGGGCAGCGUCGGUGCUGAUCUCGGUUGCGGAAACGGCAAGUAUCUUCCCGUUUCCUCGGUGCUUCAUGGUGAGCUGGAAGGCAAGGGCAAGGGAAAGAUCUUGACCGUCGGCUCCGAUCGGAGCGACCAGCUGGUAGCGCUUGCUGCCUUCAACUCCAACUCAACGACCAGUGCAGAUGCCUCGUCGUCCGAACAUCCUUUCGACGCACAACAGCAGAGUCGCCCAUGCUGCCUCCGAGCGCGGAAUGAAGUAGCCGUAGCGGAUGCGCUCUCCUCCUCACUGCGACCGCAAUGCAUGGACUAUGCCAUUUCUAUCGCGACGAUCCAUCAUUUUUCGACGCGGGAGCGGCGUAUAUGCGCUGUACAGGAGAUGAUCAGGCUCGUGCGGCCGCGUCGACGACAGCAACAACGGCAGCAGCAGCAGAAGUACGAGGGGACAGACCAAGAGUCCAGCGGGACAGAAGCAGCCCAGCACGAUUUCGAUUUCGGUACGGGGUGCGGGCGCUUCAUGAUCUAUGCAUGGGCUAUGGAGCAGCGCGGUGAAGGACGGCGUGCAGGCAAAUUCGAUACCAGCACAAGCGGAGCAGCAGCAACAGCAGAAUCACAAGUUCCGAAAUCAAUCCAACGAGACAUGACUAAUGACCAGCCUGUCAUGGAUGAAAAACCGCAAGAUGUACUGGUGCCAUGGGUUAUGUCGACUGGAGGAAGCGGAAGGAAGGCGAAGCGGAAGGAAGCGAGCAAAGCCGAUUGUGAGAACGAGAAAGUCAAGGCUUUGGACGAGGCACCUCCGGUAUACCAACGAUAUUAUCAUCUCUUCAAGGAAGGGGAGCUCGAGGAGAUCGUCGCCUCCGCUGCUGCCUCCUUUGCUGAUUCCCUGUACGCCGAGGGGUACUCAGGCUCCGAUCCGUCAAAGCUGUUCGUCAAGCGACAGUGCUCGGGCUGGGAGAAGGGCAAUUGGUGGGGUGUCUGGGCAAUAUUUGCAGAGACGUAGGACAUGGAAUACCAUCGACCUAUUCUACACCGACCGAGGCAAAGCCGUGCAAGGGGCCCUUAUUUCACGAAUCAAUGCACAUGUGAAAGCCAGAGUAUAUCGCCUCGGUGUGCUCCGACAGAGGACCACAUGUCAUGAUCCCGACUCUCCA